UGUACCAAGUUCUCACUUUUCACAGACCAACGGCACAACAGAGCAUCGAUCGAAUUACAGAUAUCAGCGGAUCAUUGAGACAAUCAGCAAACCCAUGGGAGCGGGCAUGAAGCGCGCGAGGGAGGAGGCGCAAUUUGUGUCCCUCGCGCUGUCGCUCAGCACAGAUUCCUCGGCAACGUCCACCACGACGUCGGACAGCUCGACCGGUGCGCCGGCGAUGGUCCCCAGGAAGAGGGCGCGGCGGGGGAGAGCUGUGGCCACGUCCGGGGCGGGAGAGUUCGUGUGCAAGACUUGCGGCCGGGCGUUCGAGACAUUCCAGGCGCUGGGCGGGCACCGGACCAGUCACCGGCGCGGCCGCCAUGGGCUAGAGCUCGGCGUCGGCGUCGCCAGGGUCAUCAAGGAGCGGAAAAGGCAAGAGGAUAGGCAGCGGCACGACUGUCACAUCUGCGGGCUUGGCUUCGAGACGGGCCAGGCGCUGGGCGGCCACAUGCGGCGGCACCGCGAGGAGAUGGCACUCAGCGGCUCCGUCGACCGGUGGGUCGCUCUGUCGGAUCAGGAGGCGGGGCACCAGGCCGCCGUCGACAGGCCGCCCGUCUUGCUGCAGCUGUUCGUCUAGCCUGCUAGCUGGAUCUCUCAGUUUCUUAAUCCAGGACUUGUUCAUCUCUUUAGAAUGAGAUAGGUUAAUUGUUCAACCUUGUAAUUACGAACUUACAUACCAUAGAGUACUUUUUAUUUGGUUAGUUUUGUUAACCGAUAAUCGGAUAAUCCACUCGGGAUUUACAUGCACUUAUACAUAGGUAAGACAGGUUCUUUUGUUCUAAAUGCGAUUGACAGUAUCUUGUUCUCAGACUGAUGUUCUAUGAAUAUUCUGCUGUUCACCACAUUUUGUAUAUAUUUU